GUCCUGAGGGGCUGAGGCCAAUGAAAGAUGGCUCAGGUUGCUAUGACUACUCUAGGGGCAUUGACUGCACGGAUGGUUUCAAUGGAGGCUGUGAACAGCUGUGUCUCCAGCAGCUCGUGCCCCUUGAAGAUGACCCCAGUUCCAGCAACGUGCUCAUGUUUUGCGGUUGUGUGCAGGAGUACAAACUAGCAGGGGACGGGCGCUCCUGCCUCCUGCUGUCAGACAACUGUGAGGGACCAAAAUGCCCAAGGCAGGAUGUCCACUUCAAUGACACCCUGUUUGGUGAGAUGCUGCAUGGAUACAACAACAAAACCCAGCAAGUCAACUUGGGACAGAUAUUCCAAAUGACCUUCCGGGACAACAACUUCAUCAAGGACUUUCCCCAGCUAGCCGACGGUCUCAUGGUCAUCCCCUUACCAGUAGAGGAACAAUGUCGAGGGGUUUUGUCCGAGCCCCUGCCCAACCUGCAGCUCCUUACAGGGGAUGCUCAAUUCAGUGAGGCAGUGGGUUAUCCUAUGGUUCAACAAUGGAGAGUGCGCAGCAAUCUGUACAAAGUUAAACUCAGCUCCAUCACCUUGUCUACAGGCUUUUCUAAGGUGCUGAAGACACUGUCAGCGGAGAGCACACGUGAGGAGCUGCUGGCUUUUCUCCAGCAAUAUGGCAGCCACUACGUGUCUGAGGCCCUGUAUGGCUCUGAGCUCAGCUGCAGCAUCUACUUCCCCAGCAAGAAGGCCCAGCAGCAGCUCUGGCUGCAGUACCAGAAAGAGGCAACAAACCAGGGGGUUGGCGGAGGUGGGCGGCGUGAGCUGAAGUCAGUUCCCUUCAUCAGCUACCUGUCGGCCUUGCAGAAGAGCCAGCUGUUGUCUGACGACAUGGUAAAUGGUGUAGAGAUCCGCUGCGAGGAGAAGGGAAGCUGUCCAGCUGGCUGCCACCUGUGCCAUCACCAGGCCGUGAUGGGAGGAGUGUCAGGGAGAGGCCGCACCGGUAACAGCAGGAGUGGAGAGCAGCCUUCCCCAAUCCCUGUGCUGCUGGAAGUCAGCCGCGUGGUGCCCCUCUACAGCCUGGUCCAAGACAACGUCACCAAAGAGGCCUUCAAGAGUGCCACAAUGAGCUCAUACUGGUGUGCUGGAAAGGGCGAUGUCAUUGAUAACUGGUGUCGCUGUGACCUGAGUGCCUUCAGCAAAGAUGGCCUGCCUAACUGCAGUCCCCUCAGGCAGCCAAUUUUGCGCCUAGCCCCUUACCUGGAGCCCUCAAGCACAAUGGUGGCCCUGGAGUGGAAGGAUGUGGAGCCUCUGAUUGGCUGCAAAGUUUCCGACUACAUCAUCCAGCAUAAACGAGUGGAGGAUCCUUCGGAGGCCGAGGUCUACACAGGUGAAGUUCUGAGCAUGGUGGAUGAUCUCUUCGCUGGUUUGGGUUCAUCCUGUGUUGUUGCCGGGAAGAGAGCUGGAGACCAUCCUCACUCUAUGCUAUACUCGGUGGUCUUCAAGUGCCUGGAACCCGACAGUCUUUACAAGUUUACUCUCCAUGCAGUGGAUAGUCGAGGCAGCCACUCUGAGUCAAGCUUUGUCUCAGUACGGACAUCUUGUCCAAUGGUGGAUGACAGCCGAGCUGAAGAGAUUGCAGACAAGGUGUACAACUUGUACAAUGGCUACACCAGUGGGAAGGAGCAGCAGAUGGCCUACAACACACUGAUGGAGAUCCCUCCUCCACUGUUAUGUAGAGUCCAGCACCACUACAAUUCCCACUAUGAGAAAUUUGGAGACUUUGUCUGGCGUAGUGAAGAUGAGCUGGGCCCCAGAAAAGCCAACCUGAUACUACAUAGAGUGGAGAAGAUUAGCCACUACUGCCGGUCCCUACUGCGCAGCACCCACAUCCAGAGCCGCACCGACACCAUGGCGUAUGUCUACUGUCGGAGUGAAGAGGGCCGACCUCCUAGUAACACAUGGCAUGGCUCUUUACAUGAAAGUCGCACCACCUGCAUGGAAAAGCUAAUUUCUGUACAGCGUAACACAUACAGCAACACCAAACUCCGAUGAGACAGGAGUUUGUAGAUGGAGGCGGUGCGUUUUUGUUUGUUUAUUCCUGCAAAAUGACAUCAGUGAUUGAUGGACCUCGUCCCCCACUCUGCAGCAGGUGUCUCUCAAGUGACUGGUGGAUUUUGAAAACCAGGAGAGCCUAAAAAACCUCAGAAUUCACUGGACAUUGUGUUAGAGCUACCGAAAAACAUAUUUUUGUGUGGCCUACUUUUACUAUAAGACAGAGGAUAAAAAGAAAACCUCAAGCGAACAUAUUUCUCAACUGCAAAAUGCCAGUGAUCGCACAUAUCAAUGAGAAACUGCAGUGUGAACAUGUAAAAUAUAAUUCAGCCAAGAGAAAAACUGGUUGGCUAAAAUACUUUGAAUGUAAUGUUGUAGUUCCUUUUUCAGUGCUUUGAAGCUUACCUGGAACACUUAAAAGAGAGAAAAAAAGGACUAAUUCAAUAGCAUAACAUAUUUGCCUUUAAUACCUUUAUUUGAAAGGAGAAAAUGAAAUGUGUUAAAGCCAUUUGAAAAUCACUUUCUUGUUUUCAAGUUCCCAUUAAUUAAAAAAAAAUUAAAGCUUUUCUUCAUGAAUGUGAAAUAAGUCAGUGAGAAACUAUGUAGUUAGUCUUGUAUUACAUUUGAUAGAUUCAAUUGAAAGAGCAAGGCUUUUUGUGGUAACAGGAUUGACCAUUCGGCUACUAUUAGCCGAUGAAAUUAUGCAAAGACAGAGUGGGUGGCAUUCAAACAAAUCAUAUUCAUUCAUAGACAUUUAAUAUAGCACUGCUUUCAUUGCAUACAUCUAGGAAUCCUUUUGUCAUCAUCUUUUUUUAAAUACUAAAAUACCCC